GGCCUAGAACACAGCGGACAGGCUGACCGGACGCAGGCUUGGCGGCUGCGUGGGUACCGCGUGGGGGAGGGGCUCCAGAAUCAUUUGAUGAGCCUCAGUUUCUUCAUCUGUAAAAUGGAGGGAGGAUGGACUCGUUAGCUUCUCCAGUGACUUCCCUCUCUAAUGCAUUUAUUCUAUGAAGGAACCUGCCCUGGUACAGGCUUCUCCCAUCUGAUCUCUAUACAGCCAGACCCCCCCCCUACAAUGGCCAGCCGGGGUGGGGGCCGGGGCCGGGGUCGAGGUCAGCUGACUUUCAACAUGGAGGCUGUGGGCAUUGGGAAGGGGGAUGCGCUGCCCCCUCCCACCCUGAAGCCCUCCCCACUCUUCCCUCCCCUGGAAUUCCGUCCGGUGCCACUACCCUCAGGAGAAGAAGGUGAGUACGUUCUGGCACUGAAACAGGAGCUCCGUGGAGCUAUGAGGCAGCUUCCCUACUUCAUUCGUCCAGCCGCACCCAAGAGAGAUGUGGAGCGUUAUUCAGACAAAUACCAGAUGUCAGGGCCGAUUGACAGUGCGAUUGAUUGGAACCCUGAUUGGAGGCGUCUUCCCAGAGAGCUCAAGAUACGAGUUCGAAAACUACAGAAAGAACGGACAACAAUCCUGAUCCCCAAGAGAGCCCCUAAAACCCCAGCAGAGAAAGAAGAAACAAUUCAGAAACUAGAGACCUUGGAGAAGAAGGAAGAAGAAGUGACUUCAGAAGAGGAAGAGGAGAAAGAAGAAGAGGAGGAGAAGGAAGAUGAAGAGGAGGAGGAGUAUGAUGAAGAAGAGCAUGAAGAGGAGACAGAUUACAUCAUGUCAUACUUUGACAAUGGAGAAGACUUUGGGGGUGACAGUGAUGACAACAUGGAUGAGGCAAUUUACUGAUAAAGAACCUUGGAUAACUCCCACUGCCCCAACAUUUCAGCUCUGCGGAUUGAGAGACUGUUCUAGCCAUCUGUGGUCAUGGGCGCACCAUCCUUCUAAACCCAGCCAGAAACAAGACACUCUAUUGCCUCCUCGAGGGGAGGAGCAGGGGCCUAGUGGCUAAGGAGAGCUCUUCUCCCCCAUCAUGGUGGCUAUACUUUACCUCUGUUGCUUUGGAGGAAAGGGACUGAAUUUUUUAUUAUUUUAUACUUUGAGGAAAAGGAAAGUGGGGAGAAUUAGUAGAACUUACAAUUUCUCCUGCCCCCUUCCCCUGCCUUCCCUGUUCCUUCCCUGUAUACUUUUCUCUUUUUUGGAGAAAAUUGGGGGUUGGGAAAAAGUAGGGAUAAGGCCAGUUUUAUGGUUUUUAAAUAAAGUUUUGUUCUCUAUGUUUGCCCUUUGUAUUCCAGAAAAAGAGGAGGCAUGUAACUGGAACCUUGUUCUAGCUAGGAUG